CGUGAGUACAAACGUGUUGAUUUUCGAGGGAAAAAACUGACACACGUUGAUGGUCAAUAUUUUAUUACUCUAUUAAUUCUGUGUAUCAAAUGAUAGUUUUUUAAUAUUAUAAUUUUCUUAUUUUUGUUAAGUUAAUGUUGUCAGUACACAAAUAAAUUGAAAUGCCUUCCGUUGCUUUGGACAAAGAAACUUUUUUUAAGCGACUAAAACAGCUUUAUAGUUUUUGGAAGAAUGGAAAAGAUGAAAAUGUACAAUUGUUUUCAGAUGUUGAUGCUUUCAUGUGCGCUGUUGGAGUUGAUGAUUAUACUAUGUAUAGCAAAUCAUCUUCUUUACAGAUUUGGUUGUUUGGAUAUGAACUAACAGACACCAUAUCAGUAUUUACAUUAGAAGGUCUUCAUAUUAUGGCAAGUAAAAAAAAAGUUGAGUUUUUAAAACCAGCUGAAAAUGUAAAGGAUUCUGAAUCUCCAGUUGUUAAACUUAUAAUGAGAGAAAAAGGUGGUAAUGAUAAAGAUAGUUUUGAAAAACUAAUUAAAGCUAUUAAAAAUAGUAAAAGUGGUAAGUCAGUUGGAGUUUUCGGCAAAGAAAAAUACCCUGGUGCAUUUAUGGAUACAUGGAGAUCAGAAUUUGAUAAAGGAGGUUUUGAAACUGUUGAUAUAAGUACUGCCAUGGGGUAUAUAUUGAGCUUCAAAGCUGAAAAUGAAAUAACUUUAAUAAAGAAAGCCAGUUUGAGUUCAGUUGACAUAUUUAAUAAGUACUUAAAAGAACAAAUAAUGGAAGUUAUUGACUCUGAUAAGAAAGUGAAACAUUCAAAAUUGGUUGAGGGCCUUGAAGGAGCAAUAUCAGAAAAAAAGUAUUUACCACCAAAUAUUGAUCCAUCACAACUUGAAUUUUGUUAUCCUCCAAUCAUUCAAAGUGGAGGAAAUUACAGUUUGAAAUUUUCUGCUACAAGUGAUAAAAAUGUCCUUCAUUUUGGAGCUAUUAUAUGUAGUUUAGGAGUACGUUACAAAUCUUAUUGUUCUAAUUUAAUAAGAACUUUAUUGGUCAAUCCUACUGAAGAAAUGCAGGUAAAUUAUGACUUUUUGGUGAGUUUACAAGAAGUUUUAAUAUCUGAACUUAAAGCUGGUAACAAAUUGUGUAAUGUGUACAAUUCUGGCAUUGAAUUUGUAAGAAAACAAAAGCCUCAUUUGGUUGAUUUCUUGACAAAAAAUUUUGGGUUUGUUAUAGGAAUUGAAUUUCGUGAAAGUUCCUUAAUGAUAGCUCCAAAAACAAUUACUCAAGCAAAGAAAGGACAAAUUUAUAACUUAUGUGUUGGUCUAUCAGGAUUAACUAACAAAGAAGGAACUGAUAAAGAAAGCAAAAUAUAUGCCUUAUAUAUUGGUGAUACUGUAUUAGUUAAUGAAGACGUUGCAGCUACCUUAUUAACUCCUUCUAAAAAGAAACUUAAAAAUAUUGCUAUAUAUUUAAAUGAUAAUGAUGAUGAUGAUGAUGAUGAUGAAGAUAAUGAAAAAGAAAAUGAACCUAAACAAGAACCAUUAGUUGGGCGGGGUAAAAGAACAGCUGUGUUAGAAUCAAAAUUACGAAUGGAUUCAUCUAGUGAAGAAAAAAGAAAAUUGCAUCAAAAAGAACUUGCUGUAGCAUUGAAUGAAGCUGCAAAACAACGAUUAGCAGAACAAUCUAGUGGUAAACAGGCUCAGAAAGUACGAAAAUCAAAUGUAUCUUACAAAAACAGAAAUCAGAUGCCCCAAGAAAGAGAUGUUAAGGAUCUUAAAAUUUUUGUUGACAAAAAGUAUGAAACCGUUAUUUUACCAGUUUUUGGAAUUCCUGUCCCAUUUCAUAUAUUUACUAUAAAGAAUAUAUCUCAAAGUGUUGAAGGGGAUUAUACUUAUUUAAGAAUAAAUUUUUUUCAUCCUGGAGCUGCCUUAGCUAAAGGUGAAAGUUAUUUCCAAAAUCCUGAAGCCAUGUUUGUCAAAGAAUUAACUUAUAGAAGUUCAAAUACUAGAGAACCCGGUGAACAAAUUACAGCUUCUACUAAUUUAAUGAAUGCAUAUCGUUUAAUUAAAGAAGUUCAGAAAAAAUUUAAAACUCGUGAAGCAGAAGAAAAAGAAAAGGAAGAUUUAGUUAAACAAGAUACAUUAGUUUUAUCUGUAAAUAAAGGAAAUCCCAAAUUGAAGGAUUUGUAUAUUCGACCAAAUAUUGUAAACAAACGAAUGACAGGUACAUUGGAAGCACAUUCAAAUGGUUUCAGGUACACAUCAGUCAGAGGCGACAAAGUUGAUAUUUUAUACAACAAUAUUAAAAAUGCUUUUUUCCAACCAUGUGAUGGUGAAAUGAUUAUCUUACUACAUUUUCAUCUCAAACAUGCUAUUAUGUUUGGCAAGAAAAAACAUUUAGAUGUUCAAUUUUAUACAGAAGUAGGCGAAAUAACUACUGAUCUUGGUAAACAUCAACACAUGCAUGACAGAGAUGAUUUAGCUGCAGAACAGUCUGAGCGCGAGUUAAGAAUAAAACUUAAAACAGCAUUUAAAAGUUUUUGUGAAAAGGUUGAAGCUGUAACUAAACAGGAAAUAGAAUUUGAUACACCAUUUAGAGAUUUAGGUUUUCCUGGAGCACCAUUUAGGAGUACUGUACUCUUACAACCUACAAGUGGGUGUCUUGUAAAUUUUACUGAAUGGCCGCCUUUUGUUAUUACAUUAGAAGAUGUUGAGUUGGUCCAUUUUGAGCGUGUUCAAUUUCAUUUAAAGAAUUUUGAUAUGAUUUUUGUUUUUAAAGAUUACCACAAAAAAGUUGUUAUGGUCAAUGCUAUUCCCAUGAAUAUGUUAGACCAUGUAAAAGAAUGGCUUAAUUCUUGCGACAUUCGAUACUCAGAAGGCAUACAGUCUUUAAACUGGACUAAAAUCAUGAAAACUAUCACUGAUGAUCCUGAAGGAUUCUUUGAAAAUGGUGGUUGGACUUUCUUAGAUCCGGAAUCUGAUGAUGAAGAUGGUGCCGUUGAUGAGGAAGAAGAAGAAGAUGAACCAUAUGAACCCUCUGAUGUAGAAUCAUUUGAAGAAUCAGAUGAUGAUGGAUCAGAAUACUCUGAAGCAUCUGAAGAUUCUGAUAGUGAAGAAGAAGAACUUGGUUCAUCUGAUGAAUCUGGUAAAGAUUGGUCAGAUCUGGAAAGAGAAGCUGCUGAAGAAGAUAGGGAUAGAAAUGAAUUUGAAGAUGAAUACUCUAAAAAAAAAAGUAGUCGAUAUAAUAGUUCCUCUUCCCAUAAAAAGUCCAGUAGUGAUAAACACAGUCCAUCUAAAAGUAAAUCUUCAUCUCAUUACAAAUCAAGUAGCAGUAAUCAUCAUGGAAAUAAACACAGGUCAUCUGGUGGUGAAAAACGUCGUCAUGAUAGCAGUGGGGAUCGUCAUUCUUCUAAAAAAUCCAAAAAAUAGAACUUCAAUCAUAAUAUAUGAGUAGAAUACAAACUAUGAAGUAAGGAAAAUGUUAAUUUUGCUGUUAAUAAUGCUAUUGAUGGUUUUAUUAAUAUUAUUAUUUUUUUAUUAUAUGAACACGUACAUUUAUACAUUUAUUAAUAAUAUAUAUAUAUAUAUACGUAGUAUAACAUUUUUUCUUUAAUAAAUUUGUAUUAAAAGUC